CACCCACUCAAUGCUAGCAUACAAGGGGCAAGGAGGAGCUCAGACUCAGAUGACAAGAGAGAAGUCCAGACCACUGAGCUGUUCUCCACGGCAUGGGAAGAUAGAAAGACGAGAAAGGCGCUUGAUGUGAAGAGCAAGGAAGCCAGCAAUACCAGGAAGAAGCACUCAGACAGCAAGGCAGCAAGUGACUGAAAAUGGUCUCAGUUGGGCUGCAGCUCAUGGGUUACACCCUGGGGUUACUAGGGACAAUAGGCACCUUGACAGCCACACUCAUGCCCAACUGGAAGAACAGCUCCUAUAUCGGCUCUAGCAUCGUGACAGCGGUGGGCUUCACCAGGGGGCUUUGGAUGGAGUGUGCCAUCCAAAGCACUGGUAUCACCCAGUGUGAUAUCUACAAUUCCCUACUGGACCUGCCUUCUGACCUCCGGGCUGCCCAGGCUAUGAUGGCGACCUCUGCUGCUGUUUCUACCCUGGCCUGCAUCAUCAGUGUGGUAGGGAUGAGAUGCACCAUCUUUGCUCAGGGCUCCCCAGCCAAGGACAGGGUGGCAGUGAUAGGUGGGGUAAUCUUUGUCCUGGGGGGACUACUGUGUUUCAUCCCUGUUGUGUGGAAUAUCCAUGUGGUGCUGCGUGAUUUCUACAAUCCCAUGAUCCCUGACAGCAUGAAGUAUGAGAUCGGGGAGGCAUUGUACCUGGGCAUCAUGUCCGCCUUGGUGUCCCUCAUUGGUGGCUUCAUACUCUGCGCCUCCUGCCCACCCCGGAACCAGCAACUGGACUUUCAAAGCAUCUACCAAUCCAGACCCCUAGCUGCCAAGAGCCCCCGGCCCUCCAUCAGCCAUACACUAAAGAGCCCCCGGCCCUCCAUCAGCCAUACACUAAAGAGCCCCCGGCCCUCCAUCAGCCAUACACUAAAGAGCCACCGGCCGUCCAUCAGCCACACACUAAAGACUAAUAAGAGUGAGUUCAACUCCUACAACCUGACAGGGUAUGUCUAGGCACAGCAAGGCCCAGUCAAUUCCCCCACAUCAAGUCCAACGCUAUCCUAGCAGCUGGCUGGGACCUCUACUGCUUUGGGGGCUACCUGGACUGAACUGUGGCAGGCGAGGGGAUGCCUUGCCUCUCAAGCUUCUCAUGGACACCUUCUCAUUUAAAUCCUGAUGUUCUCUGAGGCUCCUACAUGGGACUUACGGCUUCUUGGGAGACCAGUCAUUGGUCCCACACACAGACUAGUCUGGCUUGGGCCCACAUAGCCCUGUUGCAUGAGAUGGGUUUCCUUGAGCUGCCAGCGGUGAGUACAGCCCAAACCCAACAGCCUCAAAAGACUAAUCUCCCUUGGGAACUCCACUCUGCCUCCUGAGCCUUGCUACUAGGAAGAGCAGCCUCCAGGAUGGCCAGCCCCACCAAGUCAGCCAAUAUCAUGGAGGACAGACCUGGCAGGGAACUGACUGGCAGCUGGUGGGGUAAUCCCAGCUGCUGUGAGAGUUCACUGAACUGAGAGUACUGGAAACAGGACAUGGGAGGAUGUUUCCAACCUCCUGAGACUGGAGGAGGACUGUGGCAGCUGUGAAAGAACAGGGGCUGGAGGAGCUUUUGAGCAGGGUGGUGAUGGUGGGGCUCACUUUUUGGGACACAGGGUGAAGCAUUUGCAGUGUCACGGUGGUCUGACAGAGGAGGCAGCUCUCUGGGAGCAGCCUGGGUGCUGAAUCCUGCUGUGGGUCAAAAGUGAUGAGUUGC